CCUACCACUCUCAUCAAUUUGCGUAUUCUUUUUCACUUCCCAUACGCAUGCAUAUAGACUGGUCCAUAAUGCAAAUUUCGAUUCAGAGCAAGAACAAUCAGAUUAGUGAUUUUUGAGUACCCAAAAGAAACUCUGUUUUCAAUUCUCAUGGCGGAUUCUAUUCCCUCUAAAAUGAAGGCUUGGGUUUAUAGUGAAUAUGGGAAACCUGACAAUGUCUUAAGAUUUGACUCAGAAGUUGUGGUCCCUGAAGUGAAAGAAGAUCAGGUCCUGAUCAAGGUUGUGGCUGCUGCACUUAAUCCAGUUGAUGCUAAGAGAAUGGCUGGGUUGAUCAAAGCCGCUGACUCACCUCAACCUACUGUUCCAGGGUAUGAUGUUGCUGGUGUUGUGGUGAAAGUGGGAAACCAGGUCAACAAGUUUAAGAUAGGAGAUGAAGUGUAUGGUAACGUCAACGAGCUCCCUCUGAACCCGAAACAAUUUGGGACAUUAGCUGAAUACACUGCUGUUGAAGAGAAGCUACUGUCUCUUAAGCCCAAGAAACUCAAUUUUGCAGAAGCAUCUGGCAUACCCUUAGCCAUUGAGACUGCUUAUGAAGGCCUUGAAAAAGCAGGGUUCUCAGCUGGUAAAUCUAUUCUUGUCUUGGGAGGUGCUGGUGGAGUUGGAACCCUAACAAUUCAGGUAGCAAAGCAUGUGUUUGGUGCAUCUAGAAUAGCUGCAACUGCUAGCACUGGAAAAUUAGAGUUGUUGAAAAGCUUGGGAGUGGACUUAGCAAUAGAUUACGCCAAGGAAAAAUAUGAACACCUCCCAGAGAAGUUUGAUGUAGUGUAUGAUGCUGUUGGGGAGUGUGACAGGGCAGUGAAGGCAGUGAAAGAUGGUGGGAGCGUAGUGGAAAUAGUUGGCCCAACAAAUCCUCCUCCUCCGGCAUUUUUAUUUUUGGAAACUUCAGAUGGGGCAGUGUUGGACAAAAUCAACCCAUACUUGGAGUCUGGAAAGGUGAAGCCAGUUCUUGAUCCUAAAGGCCCAUUCCCAUUUUCACAAGCUAAGGAAGCAUUUUCCUACCUUGAAACUACAAGAGCCAUUGGAAAGGUGGUCGUGCAUCCCAUCCCAUGAGCAGGACAGAAAGAAAAUAAAUUGCUCAUAAGUUAUAAAUAUAAUAAUCUCAAUAUUCAGGGGCGUCCGAUAAAGUGUAAUAAAUCAAAGAAUAAAUUGAUAAUUUCUAUUAUACUUGAUUGAAUGUAAUUUGC